AUGCCAAUAACUCAAAUUACAGAAAUGAUAGUAUAUACAAGUUCAUUAAUAAUAAAAGAAUUGAAAAAAAUUAUUCAAGAAACAUUUACUUUUGUAAAUGCUUUUAUUAAUGCUAGAUUUGCUAAAGAUAAAUUAAUCUUAAUAGAGGAUGAAGUUGAUCUUAAAUUGUUGCAUAUUGAUAAAUAUUUAUACUCUAGUGAAGAUCAUAUUCAAGCCAGUGCUCUUUUUGGCAUUAGGCUUAUAAAUACUGGAGUUCGUAAUGAGAAUGAUCCAGCUUUUGCUUUACUUUCAGAAAAUAAAGAAUUUUAUAUUAAGUCCAUUAAUAAUGAAAGAAUUGAAAAAAAUUAUUCAAAAAAGCAAGAUCAUAAAAAAGAUGAUCAAAAAUGA